GGACCGCAAAAUUAGCAGAACCUGCCUUUCAGGACGUCCUCCUUCAUUGACUCCUUCCACUCCCCACCGCAGCGUACGCCUGCAAUGACGAAAAACGGUUCAGCAAAUCCUUCCCGCAAGAUGCGCCGGCGUGGUUCAAUCGACGUCGUCGACGCAAAGGUCGCAGUUGACCUUGCCACAGCUCAGACAUACUCUGAAAAUGUCUUCCUUUUCAUCCCAAAUCUCAUUGGGUACACGCGUAUCAUCCUUGCUGGGCUUUCGCUCCACUUUAUGAGCUAUCACCCCAAAUACUGCACUCUUGCAUACGUGAUCUCAUGUUUAUUGGACGCUGUGGAUGGUCAGGCCGCACGCGCCCUAGGACAGACGUCGAAAUUCGGUGCAGUGUUGGACAUGGUCACGGACCGGUGUACGACGUCGUGCCUGCUCUGCUAUCUAUCGUCUGUAUACCCGAAUUUCGCCAUGAUGUUCCAGUUCCUUAUCGCGCUUGAUUUCGCAAGUCAUUACAUGCACAUGUACAGCUCACUCGUCACUGGUUCGCGGAGCCACAAGCUUGUGACAAGCGAAGUUAGUCGUAUCCUAUGGUACUACUACAACGAUUCCCGUACCCUGUUCUUCAUGUGCGCAGGCAACGAGCUCUUCUUCGUGUCUCUCUACCUUAUGAAAUCGGUGCACACGCCUAUCGGGCUCGGCGUCUACAUCCCAUGGCUCGAGAACCUCACCUGGCCCGAGCUCGUCGCGAUCCCCAGCGCAUUCGUUUGUGUAGGGAAGAACAUUAUCAAUCUCGUACAGCUCUGGAAGGCUUCGAAGAUCCUUGUAGGGGUGGACCUUGCAGAGCGUGCGCAUGCGCGUGAAGCGCAGGCUAAGAAGGAGUGAAGUGGGCUCGUGGACGGACAAAUAUCAUACAUACUACAUAUGCUGCUUCGUGCAUAAUGCCAAUGGGACGGUGUAAUUGCAUUCCUUGUUUUUUUUUUUUUUUCAUAUAU